UCCACACUCAACCUUAAUCUAUACAAACUUGCUUGAUAUAUAGCUUAACCAAAACAAACCAACCCCACUCUUUGAAUUUUAGUUACCAACAACUCUUUUAAAGCUUUAUAGUUUAAAACCAAAGAGAGUUAGGAGCAAACAAAGUUUAUACCAUCUUUGUGUUCUAACUUCAAACUAUCAAUGGUAGUAGACAAAUUUGCAAAACUCUUAUUUAAGAAGAAGAAUCACCACAAGUGUUACCCUCAACCUAAUGAAGAGUUGCCAUCUUCAUCAUUACAUGAUUUUCACUCCCAUGUUUCCAAACACAUUGACCAAUUAGCAUUGGAAUUGAAACCCGAGUCCGAAAUCUUAUCGUUAUCAUGGUUUCAAGGAUGUUUUGGUCUUUUGCCUCUCAUCAACAAGGUUUUUGCAAAACUUGUUAUCGACAUUGAUUAUCCAAUGACUAAAUGGAACGUUGAUUCAAUUGAAGUUUAUCUCAACUAUACCAUGAGUUUGUUGGAGCUUCUGAAUUCCAUUUCUUCUUCUCUUUCUCAUCUUGGCCAUUCAAGGCUUUCUUUGGCUCAUGGUUUGACUUUGGUGGAGAAGAAGAAAUCACUUUCUUUGGCUAGAAAUCAUUUGAAAGCAAUUCAACCAGCAGGGUGUUUUAGCACCAACUUUGGUAAAUCUUUUCACACGCAAGAUGAUAAAGCAAAGAUUGUUUCUGGAAAGGAGUUGAUUGUUCGUGAAAUUGUAAAGGAAAUGAAGAGUACCGGAUUUUGGGUAUGUGGAGUUCUCUUGUCUUAUUUUUAUGGUGAUGCUAAGCCAUACAUGGAGCUAAGAAAAAUUGUUGGUGGGUUUGAAAAUUCUAUAGUUUCCACACUUGAUCUUAAAAUCAGUGAAAAGUUAGUGAAGAAAAUGCCAUGCUUUAGUGAGAUCAAAGAAAUGAACAAAUUUGUUGCUCGCCUUGUUGCUGGCGAUGAAGUAAAAGAUGAUGCAACCAAGGAAUUGCAGAGAAAUCUGUGCGGUGUAGGGAAGAUAUUAGAUGAUAUAAGCGCGAAGGUGGAUCAUCUAUUUGAUGAUGUAAUGAAUCAGAGAACUGAACUAGUUGAUGGAUUUCGACUCCGUAAAUAGCAACGAUAAUCCAUUGUUUAAUUUUUUAUGUAAAUAUCAAUAGUUUGUAAUUACUGUUUUGUAA